CACCACUCCAUCCAUUAAGGAGGAGUGGUGCCUCGACCCUACAACAACUUCAAGUACCAACCUCCACAGCCACCAUAAAUCAUAUAAAUGGUGCUGCAACACUUAAUGGUAUUAGUCGUGAUAGUUCACCGACAUUUGUACAAUUAAGUCAAGAUCAUUUAAUGAUGCAACAACAACCAAUAAAACCAAUUCAUAAUCAACAGAAGUCACAAACACAAAUUGAAACAAAUCAAAAUCAUUAUAGUCAACCAAUAAUGGCAUCUGUUAAUGGUAAUAAUAAUACAAUGAAUGGUAAUUUAAUUAAUAAAAUUAAUAAUAAUAUAACAACAACAUCAAUUACAACACAACAACAGCAACAAAAUGGUUGUUUACCAAAUGGUGGUACUGUUGAUCGUCAUCAACAAUUUCAUAGGGUCAAUAAUAAUUUUAAUAAUUCCUAUAAUCAAAAACAUCAUGCCCAUACUUUAGGCCAUAAAAAUGGUUAUAUAUUAAAUGAUCAUAUUGGUAAUGGUAACAAUAAUAUUGGUUUAAUAAAUGGUGUUAGCCAUCAUCAUUCCGAUGAUGAUAAUGGUAGUAUUAAUGCUAAUUAUAUACAUAAUAACAGUCAUUAUUCAUUACCAUUAGAUCAUGAUUUACCACCACCAACACCAACACCAACACCACCACCACCAGCAUUACCAAUGAGAAAUGGUGCAUUACCAAAUGGUAAUAGUACGACUGGCCGUAGAGCAAUUAAUCAAAGGCAUUACCAUUGAUUUGAAUUAGGUUAGGAAUUAAUUAAAGUAAAAUAAAAAAAAAAAUUAAAAAAACAAAAAAAAAAACUAUAAAAAAUAACACUAAAAAAAAUCAAUAUUUCCUUUAUCUCAGACAAAACAACAAAGAAGAAAAUUUAAGGACUUACAGAAAAGGAAAAUGACGACGAUUAAAAAAAAAAUAGAAAAAUUCAAAAGAACUACAUGAAAUCAUUUUUUAAAAAAAGAAUACAAAAAAAAAGGACAUACCAAUUUAGGAUGUUUUAUAUACGAAAUUUAUAACGGAUCAAAUGUAAAUGUACCCAGAACAAUUAAAACAGAAUUAAUAAUAAAAAAAAAAAACUGCAAAAACAAAUUUAUGUUUUUAUAUAAUUUAUUACUUAAACAACACACAUAUUUAGAAAUUAAUAAAAACUUAAUGUUAGAAAUGGUGUUAUUUUCGAAGUUUCGAAAAUCCUUCUCUUAAAGCAAUACAUAGUGAAACCUAAUAAUAAAACAAAAAAUCAAAUUUAUAAUUAUAUGAUUACUGUAAUUCGCCAAAUAUAAAUUUCGAAUAAUAUUGAAUAACAAUAAAACAACCAUAGGAAUUACAAAUACGUUAUAUAAUACCAAAAGAACUAAUUACAUACAAAAAUAUAUACCAACUGCCAUUCAAAAUAAACUGCACAAUUAAAAUAAUUUAUAUACUCAAGAGAGUAUAUUAUUAUAUUUUCGAAAAAUUAUAUGAUAAUUCCGAAAUUUCGAAAAUCUACAUAAAUUACCAAUUAAAAUAUUCAAACAUACAUUAUAAUUCAAUAUUAUAAAUAAUACACAUUCAUAAUAUAGUAAAGAAAUUAUAUACUAUGUCUUUUAUAACUUAGAACUUCGA